AUGAUCGAACCCGAUGCCAGUUCCAACCCGAUGCCGAGCGAGAAUUAUGAGACUCAAAAGUUUCUCUGGUACGAGCCCAAGCUCACUGAGGUCGAGUCCGAAGCAAGAGAGCUUCUCGAAACAUAUAGCCAUAUUCCGUCCGAUAAAGUUGUGCAACAUGUGAAUAGCCUGCGAGAUCGAGCAUUUGCGAUAUUUCCAUACCCCUGCAUCGGCGCCUUCCGUUUCCUAGACAUGAGUAUCCCCCAAUUACCGAUCUAUCCAGAGAUUCUCGAGCAUCUCAAGUCUGGCCAGAGGCUAUUGGACAUUGGAUGUGCCGUGGGACUAGAACUGCGUCGAUUGGUCGAGGAGGAGACUGAAACCAAGUGGGAGGUUGAGGCUUGA